UCUGUUGUCACAUGACCAAAAAAUUUCUUUAGUAGCUCUUCAUUGAAGUCUCCGAGAGACUGAGAGACUGUACGGAAAUGGCUGAAUGUUACGAAAACCAAAGUCUUUUAGAUGAAAAUGAGUGUGAUGGUGGACACAGAAGACGCAUGUCUCCGUUUUGUGACCCGAAUCAUUUACUGCACCGAAUUGUCGUCCUUGUUUUUAUGUGCUUUUUGGGAUUCGGAAGCUACUUCUGUUAUGACAAUCCCGCUGCUCUUCAGAAACAAGUCAUCAAGGAUAUGCAGUUAAACACCUCCAAAUUCAUGCAGCUUUAUGCCUGGUACUCAUGGCCCAACGUAUUUCUCUGUUUUCUGGGAGGAUUUUUGCUGGACAGGGUGUUUGGCAUCAGGUUGGGGACGGUGAUUUUUGCCCUCUUCGUGUGUGUCGGACAGGUAAUAUUUGCCCUUGGUGCUUUGGUCAACCAUUUCUGGCUGAUGGAAUUUGGACGCUUUGUUUUCGGUAUUGGAGGGGAAUCUUUGGCUGUGGCUCAGAACACUUACGCAGUGAAUUGGUUCAAGGGGAAGGAGCUCAACCUGGUGUUCGGCCUGCAGCUCAGCAUGGCGAGAGUGGGCAGCACAGUGAACAUGAACAUCAUGAGCUGGGUGUAUGAUAAAAUGACAGAAGUGUUGGGGCACACGGGGCACUUCACUCUCGGAGCUGCACUCAUGAUCGCGGCUUCGACGUGCGUCUUAUCUCUGAUCUGUGCUCUGCUCCUGGCCUACUUUGACAAGCGGGCAGAGAGGAUACUCAACAAGGAGCAGGGAAAAACCGGUGAAGUGAUCAAACUGACGGAUGUAAAAGACUUCCCUUUGCAACUGUGGAUGAUCUUCAUCAUCUGUGUGGGAUAUUAUGUGGCCAUAUUCCCAUUUAUUGGCUUGGGACAGGUUUUCUUCAUCGAGAAGUUUAACUUCUCUCCGACUCAGGCGAGAGCGAUCAACAGCAUCGUGUACGUCAUCUCGGCUCCGGCCUCCCCCGUGUUGGGUUUCGUGGUGGAUAAGACGGGCAAGAACAUCACGUGGAUUCUGUUCGCCGUGGUCGCUACGCUGAUUGCUCACAUGAUGUUGGCGUUCACUUUCUGGAACCCCUGGAUCGCUAUGGUCCUCUUGGGUAUGUCAUAUUCACUGUUGGCAUGCGCUCUCUGGCCAAUGGUGGCGUUUGUAGUUCCAGAGCACCAACUGGGCACAGCAUAUGGAUUUAUGCAGUCCAUACAGAACCUGGGUUUGGCACUUAUCUCUAUGGCAGCAGGAGGGAUUCUUGACAGCAAGGGUUACCUCUUCCUGGAGGUUUUCUUCUGUGCAUGCAUCUGCUCGUCCCUGAUAGCGGUGGUAGUGCUUUACUUUGUGGAUUUUAUCCGAGGUGGAGACCUGAACCGUUCGGCCUCGGCCCGAGCCAAACUCCAGAAGGGUUUGUCUGCUGAUUCAGAGUGAUAGAUGCGUCACUGGCUCCACCCUUCCUGCUGUGAUCUGUCUCACUGGACACCUCACCUGUCAAUCACACACCUAUGGGCAUUUCUGCACUACUUAUUCUUCUUCAUCACACUGACGGGUCUAAUCUCAUCACAGCAGUCUAGGGGACUCUCAGACAGCGCAGAUAGAACCUUUAAUAAUGUUGUGUUAAAUGUACAGGCUGAGAGGGGAUGGAAUCGAUUUGUCUGGUCGGGUCACGCCGGAGACGACAUCCUGCUACUCUCUUAACUCCACCUCAGGGCAGCUGGCACUCGGUUAUGGACUCUGAAAACACCACUUUCUUUUUACUCUUGUUAUCAUUUGGGUCAGUUGUUUCUACAGACCUUUGCACUGGGGAAUCUUCAUCACCUGGGACGUAGCUUAUCGUUUGUCUCUGCACAGGUUCACGGCCAAGUCGUGGCACUUUCUAGCGUAUAUACUGUAAGAUUUCACUCGACAGAUGAGUCAGGUUUAUUAUUUCUGGUAUUCUCUUUUUAAUACGUUAUUAUUUUAUCUGCAUUUUGUUCCAAUCUUAACAAUUGAAAUCCUUUUAAAUAUAAAUAGUGACCUUACAACUGCAUGUUGUUUAGUAAUCAGCAUGUUUACUAUCUGUUCCAAGGUACAGUAUAUUCUUUAGCAUUCAUCAAGGAAAUUGAGAAUUGAUGUCAUAACUCCAAAUACUAUGACCGUAAUUAUACUGACUCUGUGUCCCUCUGUGUGUCCCUCUGUGUCCCUCUGUGUGUAUGUGUGUCCCUCUGUGUGUCUGUGUCCCUCUGUGUGUCUCUUUGUCCCUCUGUCUCUGUUUCCGUCUCUGUGUCCCCCUCUGUCUCUGUGUCUGUGUCCCCCUCCGUCUCUGUGUCCCCCUCCGUCUCUGUGUCCCCCUCUGUCUCUGUGUCCCCCUCUGUCUUUGUGUGUCCCUCUGUCUCUGUGUCCCACUCUGUGUACCUCUCUGUGUCCCCCUCUGUGUCUGUGUCCCCCUCUGUCUCUGUGUCUGUGUGUCCCUCUGUCUCUGUGUCCCUUUGUGUCUCUCUCUCUGUCUCUCUGUGUCUGUCUGUGUGUCUCUCUGUCUCUGUGUGUCUCUGUCUCUCUGUGUGUGUUCUGUAUAUGUAUAUAUUUAAACUCAAAAGAUUUAUCAGAACUUUUUUAAACAGUUCAGACUUUUGGAUAAUCGCCACAGAGGUUUGUUUGGGAAUUUUAUAUCCAAAGCAUGUAUUGUUGGAGCAAUUUAAUGCUUCAUCCUCUUAUUUUUAUACAUAAUACACCAUACAUAUCGUCUUUUA